CUCUCUCUCUCUCUACCCCCGAAAAGUUCUUCCUGAGCCAUUAAUGGCGAAAGCAGCGUUCUUCUUCCUCUCCAUUGUCCUCAUCUUCUCCAUCUCCUUCACGCAUGCUGCAAGAACUCUUCCUGUGGAAAAGCCCGGCUCGGUUCAAGGUUUCGAUGAAGGGAUGCUGGAAUUGAGCUGCGAUGGAGUUGGGGAGGAGGAAUGUUUGAUGAGGAGAACUCUUGCGGCUCACAUUGAUUACAUCUACACGCAGGGGAACAUCCAUAACUGAGAUUGGGGAUAGAUUAGGGUUUUUUUUUUUUUGGUUUUUUUUUUGCCCUUUUUAG